UUUAAUAAUCGCUAUUUCUCUCUCAUUUGUGCGCUCAAUUAUUAAAUUUUUUGAUUAUUAAAGCUUUCUUGUCGAAAUUCUUCUAGUUGUUGAACUUCUGCAUAGUACAAGAGUGAAGUAAAGUGCCUCUCAAGUGACCUCUAAACUAAAUGAAGCAAAAACUAUUUCUAACUAAUGCACAUGCCACAGCUCAUAGAUUUUUAAUUUUGAUUUUGUAAGCUAUUUGAAAGCUCCACUGCAAUUAAUUGACUCUCUUUUGUUUGCAUAAAUAAUUUUAAUUUAAAUUUUAAAUUUGUAAACUAAAAUACAAAAUUCUAAUAAAUUAAUUUGAAUGCUUUUUGGGGCCAAAAAAGCACAGUCAAACGUCAAAGCUCAACACCAAAACUAAAGCUCCCCAUUAUCGGUGUCACCUUUUAGUUUCCUCUUCCAUGCGCAUGCUGUUGAGUACACUACUUUUGCCAACUGCCAUGCUCGUAUGACUUUUCAACCGAUUUCAAUGUUCAGUAAUCGCGCGAUUGCCAACAAGUAAGGUACGCCAACUGAACGCGAAAGUGAGCUAAAAAAAAAACCAAAAGCUAAUAGCUUAGAGUGAAUAAAGGCUGCAGAAAAAAAACGGUGUUGUGAUCAAUAAACGGUGUGGAAAGGGCCGAACGUGCAAUAAUCGCCUAUCUUAAAAGCAAUAAGUUGAAGCAACAAUAAUAAAAACAACAUGUCAGCUAAAGCAGAUAUUGCCUUGAUCGGUUUGGCCGUCAUGGGUCAGAAUCUCAUUUUGAACAUGAAUGAUAAUGGCUUCGUGGUGUGCGCCUACAAUCGCACCGUCGAGAAGGUCAACCAAUUUCUGCAGAAUGAGGCCAAGGGCACAAAAGUGAUCGGCGCUACUUCGUUGCAGGAUAUGGUGAACAAAUUGAAGUUGCCACGUAAAAUUAUGCUUUUGGUCAAGGCCGGCAGCGCUGUGGACGACUUCAUCAAACAAUUGUUGCCACUACUAUCGCCCGGCGAUGUAAUCAUCGACGGUGGCAAUUCCGAGUAUCAAGAUACCGCACGUCGUUGCGAUGAAUUGCGCGCUAAACGAAUUUUGUACGUUGGUUCGGGAGUGAGCGGUGGCGAAGAGGGUGCGCGUCAUGGACCAUCACUCAUGCCCGGCGGUCAUCCGGAAGCGUGGCCACUCAUACAACCCAUUUUCCAGUCAAUUUGCGCAAAAGCCGACAACGAGCCAUGCUGCGAGUGGGUCGGCGAAGGUGGUGCUGGACAUUUUGUCAAAAUGGUACAUAACGGUAUUGAGUAUGGUGAUAUGCAAUUGAUUUGCGAAGCGUAUCAAAUCAUGAAAGCGCUUGAUCUGUCACAAGCCGAAAUGGCUACAGAGUUCGAGAAGUGGAACAGCGAAGAAUUGGAUUCAUUCCUCAUCGAAAUCACACGUGACAUUUUAAAUUAUCAGGAUGAGAAAGGUUUUCUGUUGGAGCGCAUACGCGACACAGCUGGACAAAAGGGUACAGGAAAGUGGACAGCCAUUGCUGCGCUGCAAUACGGUGUACCUGUAACGCUAAUCGGUGAAGCGGUAUUUUCACGUUGCCUAUCCGCGUUGAAGGAUGAACGUGUGGCGGCAAGCAAACAAUUGAGCGGACCCGGCGUAUCGGCAAAGGUUGCGGAUCUACCAAAGUUCUUGAAUCACAUCAAGCAUGCAUUGUACUGCGCCAAAAUCGUUUCGUACGCGCAAGGCUUCAUGUUGAUGCGUGAGGCGGCCAAAGAGAAUAACUGGAACCUGAAUUAUGGUGGCAUUGCGUUGAUGUGGCGUGGCGGUUGCAUUAUUCGCAGUGUGUUCUUGGGUAACAUCAAGGAUGCCUACACCCGCAAUCCACAACUCUCGAACCUGCUGUUGGAUGACUUCUUCAAGAAGGCAAUUGAAGUUGGCCAAAACUCAUGGCGUCAAGUUGUCGCCAACGCCUUUCUGUGGGGCAUUCCUGUACCAGCUCUUUCGACCGCGCUCUCGUUCUACGAUGGCUAUCGCACCGAAAAAUUACCCGCCAACUUGUUGCAAGCGCAACGCGAUUACUUUGGCGCACACACUUAUGAACUCUUAGGUGCUGAGGGUAAAUUUGUGCACACCAAUUGGACCGGCACUGGUGGCAAUGUCUCCGCCAGUACAUACCAGGCGUAAAGCAUAUACACGCCACAAAAUGCCGCAACUUUAGCUUUUUAAAAGGCAUUCCAAUUUCUUAGCAAAUAAUUAGCAAUUAAUUUCAUAUCCGUAUGUAAUUACUUUAAACGCAUUACAUACAUACAUACAUACAUGCAUGCAUGUACAGAAAUGGUGUAAAUAAAAAUAUUACAAGUGGCUAUUAAAAGAAAACCAAUUCUUAACAUUUAAA